GCACCAAAACAAACACAGCAGAGACUCGGAGAGAGUGAGAGGGCCGAUACUCCUUGUGAGAGCUUUGAGAAAGAGAGAAACGGAAACCCAGCAAUGUCGUCCUCCACCGCAAUUAGGGUUUUCCGAGGCUGCCGCGCUCUCCUUGCGCCGGCCAAGUCCUCCACCGCCACUCCUCAACCCGCCGCCGUCAAGGUCGCCAAGGCCGCCGCCGCACCCAAGUCCAAGGCGAAGGCCAAGGCCAAGCCCAAAGCAGAGGGCGACGCGGUCAAGCCGAAGAGGGUCGUCAGCAAGAACGUCGGCAUUAUGAUGCCGAAACCGAUCUCUCCGGCUCUCGGCAGCUUCCUCGGCGCCCCUGAGGCCUCUCGCGCUGAGGCUGUGAAGCAGAUCUGGAGCCACAUCAAGCUCCAUGAGCUGCAGAAUCCUGCCAACAAGAGGGAGAUCAUAUGCGAUAACAAGCUGAAGGAGAUUUUUGAAGGGAAGGAAAAGGUCAACUUUUUGGAGAUUGGGAAGUUGCUUUCGCGUCAUUUUGUGAAGGCUGAGUGAAUGGGGAUUUAGUGGUUAACAUCUUUUGGGUAUCGUAGUGUCUGCACCUUUCCUUUUGAGACAGCUAUGCGAAGGGAUUUGCUGUAUUAGCUGGUGCAUGUAUAAAGUAACUAGGUUAAACAUUUCAUCAGGUUAUCUUUAUGUGAUUUUCUCUUGUAUCGGUUUGACUUAAACAGUUAUCUGAUCUUUCAAUGCUUAAAGAUUCUCUGUCGA